AUGUUACUCUUUUCAUUAGCUAGCUGGCUGCUUUUUGGGUCAUUUGCACUUGCGGGGAUAAUUCCAUUGCAGGCUGAGACUUUGCCGCCUUCCCGGGUGAUUGCUGAACGGCAAGCUACUUCAGCCUCACCAGUUCCUGAUGGGCAAUGUACCAAUGGCCCUCGAACGCGAAACUGCUGGAGCAAUGGUCACAGUAUCGCUACCGACUUCGAUGCAAAGGCGCCUCCUGAUGGUGUAACGGUCACUUAUAACUUCGAAAUAUCAAAUGCUACGAGGCCAAACCCUGAUGGAAACGGCGGAAGUAGAAUUGUCAUGCUCAUUAAUGGUGUCUACCCCGGACCCACUAUCCGAGCGAAAUGGGGUGAUACUAUUAUCGUCAACGUCAAGAACAACCUUCAGUACAAUGGUACAGGUAUCCAUUGGCACGGUAUCAGACAGCUAAACUCCAAUCAACAUGAUGGUGUGCCAGGAGUUUCAGAAUGCCCAAUCGCUCCGGGCAGAACUCGCCAAUACAAGUUUCGAGCGACGCAAUUUGGAACCACAUGGUAUCACUCUCACUUUUCUGCUCAAUAUGGCGAUGGUGUCGUCGGGCCGAUCAUUAUUGACGGACCAGCCACAGCCAACUAUGACGAGGACUUGGGGGCAUUACCCAUUACUGAUUGGUAUUAUACUCCGGCUUUUACUCUAAACGAGGUAGCCCAACACUCGCUAGUUGGUCCACCGGUACCCGACAACAUCCUAGUCAAUGGCACCCACAUCAAUAAGAAUGGCGGUGGAAGCUACGCAAAGAUGAACGUUGUCAAGGGCAAAAAGUACCGCAUUCGAAUCAUCAACACGUCAGUCGACAACACCUUUAGUGUCUCAAUGGACGGGCAUCCAUUUACCGUCCUCACUUCUGACCUCGUGCCGAUCAAGUCAUUCAUCACCGACCAACUAACUCUCACUAUCGGUCAACGCUAUGAUGUUGUCAUCACCACCAACCAAACUGUGGCCAACUACUGGUUCCGCGUCUCUGUUGGUACUGCCUGUGGUCGUAACGACAUUGUCGGUAAAGGCGUCCAAAUCGGAGCUAUCUUGCACUACGACGGCGCUCCCAAUGCAAACCCUACGUCUACUACGAACGUCGUCAUGAGGACUACGUGUAUUGACGAGUCGACGUCUAAUCUCGUCCCAUUUGUGCCCAACACGGUUCCCUCUUCCGUUGUGGGCACCACUGGACGGAUGGAUCUCAAUCACUUCCAAGAUCCUGCACAAGACAACUUAUUCCGCUGGCUCAUCGAUGGAACCCCGAUGAUUGUCGAUUGGAAUAAUCCGUCUCUUGAAACGGUUCUCGCUGGAUCCUCGAACUUUCCACCCAACUCCAACAUCCAUGAAAUGCCAGGGGACGGCUGGUACCUCUGGUGGAUCCAAUCUGUCGCCACAAUCCGCUUACCCCACCCCAUUCAUCUUCAUGGGCAUGACUUUUAUAUUGUCGGCAGCGGCUCGGGGACUUGGGAUGGCUCGACUGGUGGCCUCACCUUCAACAACCCUACGCGCCGUGAUACUGCUACGCUCCCUCCUGGGGGCUAUUUGCUUCUUGCUUUCCCAGCAGAUAAUCCAGGCAUGUGGCUAAUGCACUGCCAUAUUGCGUGGCAUGCAUCGCAGGGGCUGAGCGUGCAGUUCAUGGAGAGGAGGGGCGAGAUCGCAGGCAAGAUUGGGGAUACGGGGGCGUUCAAACAGGGAUGCGAUGAGUGGGAUGGGUACUGGGUCAAUGGUAACCCUGCGAAGCCGUACAACCAAACGGACUCAGGCAUCUAA